AUGGACUCGUCAUUAUCACAAGGUCACGGCCGCGAGGACCCGUACUCACAAGCUCCCAGAUCAAGAGCCAACAGCGGUGUAUCUACCACCACAACUGAGGGGCUCUUCCAGUCAUUACAACUUGUCGACUCCCCCCGGAGCAUAGUCUUUGGCUCAAGUAGACCACAAUCAUCACAGAGCUGGGCCCCGUCCCCCUCGUAUAUCAGCCCCCAUUUCUCUCACACUGCUGCCGUUCUACCAACUUCCGUGUCACAAGCUCCUUCUCCACUACCGCAACCCUUUCCCGACGACUCUUUGAAUGCCGAGUGGUUCGAUCUCGAAUCGACAUCAGAAGGCGCUCCCUUCCUGAGGCUAGAAGCAGCAGAGGGCUACCCGCAGACAGCAUCGUCAUCGCCAGCCCUUUCAUCCCACUCAGCAAGCAUGAGCGCUGUUGCCAUCUCCAACUUUGAUCCUAUGUUCGGUAUGGGCAGCAGAUCAUCAUUCCCCUGGCCCGGCAUGGAGGGCAGCAGCGGGCUGCUCGGGCACGACCUCUCCUCGUACGGCGCCCCGGACCCCAGCCUGAGCCCCGCCAGCACCUCGCGGUCCAUGACGGGCAGCCCGCCGCGCGGGACCCUGACUCCGGAGCAGCGGGAGCUCAAGCGCCAGCGCGACCUGGCGAGGCGGGACUCGAAGGCGGCGACGCGCCUGAGGAGGGCGGGCAGCGCGUCGUACCAGUCGCCGCCGACUACGAUCGCCGAGAUGGCGCACGGCGCAGCGGCAGGCACCGGCAGCGUGUCCAUGUACACUACCACUGCGGCGCCCUCGCAGAUGUCACUUCUCACCGAGCCUGUGGCCAGCCACGGUGGUGGUGGCGGCGGCGCCAUGGCGCCCCCGCCGUACAUGUCGUCGUACUCGCCGCCGCUCGGGACGGCCGCGGACCACCAGGCGGCGGCGGCGGCGGCCAUGUUCCAGAACCCGUACCAGCAGACGGCGUACCUGUCUGACUAUCCUACCUACCCGGCCGUCACGACGCCGCCUUUGCCGUCGCACUAUGGUCGCACGCCGUCCAUACCCAUAUCUCAGGACCCGAACUUGAUGUACCAGCACCUCGCCAGCCAGGCAGCACCACCACCGCCGCCGCAGUCACACUCACAACAACAACAACAACAACAACAACAACAGCACCACCACCACCACCAACAGCACCAGCAGCAGAUGAUAGCCAGUGGCGGCGGCGCCGGCGGCGCCGGCCACGACCCCGGGUCGAGCGUGCGGGUCGUGCAGAGCAGGCCCAAGCCGCAGUGCUGGGAGCACGGGUGCAACGGCCGCCAGUUCUCGACGUUUAGCAACCUGCUGCGGCACCAGCGCGAGAAGUCCGGGCAGGCGGCCAAGGCGGUGUGCCCCAACUGCGGCGCCGAGUUCACGCGGACGACGGCGCGGAACGGGCACCUCCAGCACGACAAGUGCAAGCAGCGGAGGGGGUCAUAA